AUGGAGACGACAGGUAUGAUGAUCGAAUCUCCGCCUACUAAUCAAGAAAGCAAAAAAUUAUGGCAAUAUUUGGCAGCAUGCUCAGCUAGCAUUUUAGCGAUCGGCGUUGGCAGUUCGCUGGCAUGGACUUCGCCAGUGUUACCUAAACUCGCUGCAAAAGAUUCGUGGUUUCCGGUUAGUGAGGAUGAAGGUUCUUGGGUAAGUUCUCUGUUAGCUAUUGGUGCAAUAGCUGGAGCACUUCCUGCUGGACCUCUAGCUGACAAACUUGGUCGUAAAAAAGCACUCCUACUUCUCGCGGGACCGUUUCUUCUUUCCUGGGUGAUGAUAACUUUUGCAAGAAAUGUUUGGAUUCUCUAUACCGCUCGAUUUACCGGCGGUAUUUCUGUCGGAGCGUCUUGUGUCCUGGUGCCAACUUACAUCGCCGAAAUAGCGUCUCCAUCAGCUCGCGGUACUCUUGGAGCAAUGUUUCAAUUAUUUCUUGCUUUUGGAAUUGUUUUAACUUUUGUACUGGGUUCGACAGUUUCUUACACUGUCCUGGGAAUUAUUUGCGGGCUUGUUGAAGUUGUUUUCAUCGCGACCUUCUUCUGGAUGCCGGAAUCGCCGAUGUGGCUUGUGGGACAAGGAAGAAAACCUGAAGCUUCAAUAGCCCUCGGAGUAUUCAGAGGCGACGGCUAUGAUACCAGUCAAGAAAUAACUGAUAUGCAGAAAGAAGUUGAAGAAAACGCCGCCAGAAAAAGUUCCGUGUUUGAUUUAAUUAAGACUUCCGGUGCUAGAAAAGCUGUCUUAGCUUCCUUUGGCACUAUGGCAUUUCAACAGCUAUCUGGAGUAAAUGCUGUCAUUUUUUAUACAGUCACAAUUUUCAAAGCUGCCGGCAGCAGUUUGAACUCUGAUGUCGCUGCUAUCAUUGUCGCUCUAGUCCAAGCGGUGAUGGCUGGCGUCGCAGCUCUCAUUGUUGAUCGAGCGGGAAGAAAACCUCUUUUAAUAUUUUCUUCGUCUUUCAUGUCCAUUAGUCUUGUUGCUCUUGGAUUGUAUUUUAAUCUGAAAGAUAGCGGCAAAGAUGUUUCUAAUCUUGGCUGGUUACCUUUGGUGUCUUUGACUCUCUUCAUGAUUGCAUUUUCUGUCGGACUGGGACCGAUUCCUUGGAUGAUUAUGGGAGAAUUAUUUACAACAGAAACAAAAGCUAUGGCUUCAGGAUUGGCUGUAAUGUUGAAUUGGUUCUUAGUAUUUUUAGUCACUAAAACAUUUCCAUCGAUGAAAGAAGGAAUAGGCGCUGCUGCAACUUUUUGGGUUUUCGCCGGCAUAAUGGCGGGUGCUACGGUCUUUGAAUAUUUAUUUGUUCUUGAAACCAAAGGAAAAACAUUACAAGAAAUUCAAAAUGAAUUGAAUGGAAAUACCGAGAGACAAAGACGUUCUUAA